CAGGACGCCGUACUCAGCAUAAGUUACACUGAUCAAACAAUACAAUGAAGUUCAUUGCUGUUCUUCUGCUCGUCGCCUUGACCUGCUGGUCAUUCGUCGUGGCCAAGCCUCAGCCCGAACCUCAAUUCUUCGGUGGUGGAUUUGGAGGCGGGCGAGGAUUUGGUGGUGGAUUUGGAGGUGGACGAGGAUUUGGUGGUGGAUUUGGAGGCGGACGAGGAUUUGGUGGUGGAUUUAGAGGCGGACGUGGAUUCGGCGGUGGAUUUGGAGGUGGAAGAGGAUUCGGCGGAGGAUUUGGAGGUGGUCGAGGAUUUGGUGGUGGAUUUAGUAACGAACGUUUCAGUAAUGAAUUCUUCGGGUAAUUAUUUUCGAUUUGCUUCAAAAGAAUUUUGACGGUGCUAGCCUUUCGGAAAAUGUCUGCAAUCAUUCUAAAUGAAACGACAACAAACAAGGUUUUGUAUGAACGUGUAAAGCUUAUCAUAAAUUUUAAGACAUGUUGUAAAACGACGGGUUUUAUUCUUUAACCAAAUUGUUUUUUAAACAUGAGUGAACAUCUGUGAGCCAACAUAAGUAAAAUAUUAAAAUUGUUGAAUUUCAGCAGCAUUGCGUUUAUGAAUUUCUUUAAUGAUUUAACAAUUAAAUUUAUUGUGACCUUAAAUAUUAUUGUGGUUGACCAAAGUCCGUCAGUAUCUCAGUCAGAGUUAGUGAAUACUGUUAAAUUAUGCUGGAUUUUAAAGAAGUGAAAAUCUACUUGUCUGUCAUCUACUGGUGAGAACUCAGAACUGAUACUCCACUCCUUGCAUGGAGUACUGGUAAAAACUCAGAAAUAAUGCUGGAAUCAAAAUAGUGAUUUGCACUACAGGUUACUGGUAGACCUUUGAUGUCCUUGUGACCUUGUGUUUUAUUCAUAAUAACUACAUUUCUUCAUUAUUACUGUAUUUUUUUAUAACCAAACUUCAAAGACUAAAUUUUCGUUUUACUUACCUUGGUCAAGAUCUCUACAAAUGAAGUUUCUUACCGUUUAAUCGUGGGUUAUGGAUGAAAUGCCCGACAUCAAUUAUUAUUCGCAUUCAUAGGCCAGAUAAUUAAAUUACCA